GGAUAUGCAUCUCUAUGCUUGAGAACUGAGAUAUGCAGAGAUGCGAGGAGCAGUGGUCUAGUGAACGACCAUUGCUUACGCACUUCCCACAUGUCAGGUACUUUACUCCGUUCCAGUUAUCAUCGGACUUACUUGCAAGUGGUGAAGAGAUCAGGCGAGCUCAUCUUAGGCCCAAUCUGAGGAGCUCCAGAUGGAACUCGUUUCGAUCUGGAGGAUGGUGUUAUAUGAGUGGAUUAGGCAUAGGGACGGGGCCUAUCACUCAAGAGGAAUGAGAGGCUGUAAUUAACAGUAGGUAGUUCUUGAGAAGGAGCAGAGGCAGUCGCAAAGUCAAAGGCACCCCUUCCCCUGCUUCGCACCACGCCGGCCGGGUGGCGGAGGGCUGAAGACCGCGCCUCAGCUCUGGCCUCGGGUCGGGCCACGUGACGCGCGUGUUUCCUUUGAGUGACAGGCGCCGGGCUGGGCGGGCCUUGGCGGAAAUCAACUUCCGGGGGCAGAGGUGUUCCAGCCGGGUGGUGCGUGGGCUACCCCAACUUGUGUGACUGGGGCCGUUGGCCGGGUGUGCGCGCGCGGGUCUGUGUGCUGGGGGUGGCUCACCUGGCGGCGUGGGUGAGCGGCGCGGCGGCGGCGGCGAGCGAGAGCGGGGAGCAGGUGCCACUUGAAGAAUGGAUGAUGAUGAUUUUGGUGGUUUUGAGGCUGCAGAAACUUUUGAUGGUGGAAAUGGUGAUGCUCAAACAACAUCUCCUGCUAUUCCUUGGGCUGCCUUUCCUACAGUAUCUGGAGUCCAUCUUUCAUCAGCUUCUCCUGAGAUUGUACUGGACCAUGACCACUCUUCUCCUUCAGUUGGCUGCCUCUCUUCCGAUGCCAUCAUUUCAUCUCCAGAGAAUAUCCAUACAGAUAACAGCAUUGUGAGUCACACUGUUCCUAAAGCACAGAUUCAGCAAUCAACACACACUCAUCUGGAUAUCUCACUUUUUCCAUUGAGUUUAACUGAUGAAAAAAAUAAUGGAACAUUUGCCCUUGUGGAUGAUUCUGAGGAUCCUGGAGCCAAUGUAUCAAACAUAGAGCUUCAGCAAAAAAUUUCGAGUCUAGAGGUUAAGCUCAAAGUAUCUGAAGAAGAAAAACAGAGAAUUAAAAAGGAUGUAGAAUCAUUAAUGGAAAAACAUAGUGUCUUAGAAAAAGGCUUUCUAAAAGAAAAAGAGCAAGAGGCCAUUUCUUUUCAAGAUAGAUACAAAGAACUUCAGGAAAAACAUAAACAAGAAUUGGAAGACAUGAGAAAAGCUGGUCACGAAGCCCUCAGCAUUAUUGUGGAUGAAUAUAAGGCACUACUACAAUCUUCAGUUAAGCAACAAGUCGAAGCUAUUGAAAAACAGUACAUUUCUGCAAUUGAGAAACAAGCACACAAGUGUGAGGAGUUGCUAAAUGUUCAGCAUCAGAGGCUUCUUGAAAUGCUAGAUACAGAGAAGGAAUUGUUAAGAGAAAAGAUAAAGGAAGCUUUGAUUCAGCAAUCUCAAGAACAGAAGGAAAUAUUGGAAAAAUGUUUGGAGGAAGAAAGGCAAAGAAAUAAAGAAGCAUUAGAAUCUGCUGCAAAGUUUGAGAAAGAAGCAAUGAAGGAUGCAGUUUUAAAAGCUAUAGAAGAAGAGAGAAAAAAUUUGGAAAAAGCCCAUGCUGAAGAAAGAGAAUUAUGGAAGACAGAACAUGCAAAAGAUCAAGAAAAAGUGUCUCAAGAAAUUCAAAAAGCUAUACAAGAACAAAGAAAAAUAAGUCAGGAAACUGUUAAGGCAGCAAUAAUAGAAGAACAGAAGCGAAGUGAAAAGGCUGUGGAAGAAGCAGUAAAAAGAGCAAGAGAUGAAUUGAUAGAAUAUGUAAAAGAACAGAAAAGGCUUGAUCAAGUCAUCCGCCAAAGAAGCCUGUCCAGUUUGGAACUUUUCCUCUCCUGUGCUCAGAAACAGCUAAGUGCUUUAAUAGCUACAGAACCAGUUGACAUUGAAUAAAGAGAACAUGACAAGCUAACCCACACUGGCUUUGGAUAAAUCAUUAGACCUUUAAAAUACAUGCUACAAAUUAUAAAUAUGCAUUUUUUUCUUCCAAAUCUUGUAGGAUUGAUUUCUAGUUCAAGGAUAAACCAAAACAACAUUUAUAAGAACUAUCAAGUGAUCAAAUUUAUUUUCUUUUCUUUUCUCCUUUACAUUUACUAUUAUUUUAUUAGAAGUGGUAGUAGCAGCAAUAGAGUAUAAUAUGCUUCAAAAGCCAUUGAAAAGUGCAGCAUUGUCAAAAUUAAGUAAACUUUAUAUCCUUUGGUGGGCUGUAAUAUUUGGCAAAAGUACUAAACAUUGCUUCAUGAUGCUUCUCAAGAAAUGCUGAAAUGUAACCAUACAUUUAUUUGAUUUUUGAAGGCAGAAAUAGCAUGGAUUUCAGCAUCUCCUAUGUAUCUAAUAACUUGGAUAUAAGAUGCUGAUAAUGGUAUAGAAUCAUUUUGGUAUUACCAAACUUUUUUUCUGCAGUUGGAUCUAUGUACUUCCCUUGGUCUACUGGAAACAAACAAUACAAUUAAAAAACUGAAGACUGUUAUAUUAAUUCAACUUUAAGCUGACUUACCACUUAAAACUAAAGGACUGUAUGAUAAUGUGCUUAUUACCUAUUUCUGCUCAUCAAAGGCAUGACAAAUCAAUAGACAUUUUUCUUAUGAAUCAAAUCAUGAGCUUAAUCUCUAGAAAGAGAAUCUAACUCAGACAUUUAUUGGAAUUCAGAUUCAAACAUAGGAUUUAUUAACUCGUUCCCUAAUAAGUACUUCAGGAUGUACUUAAUUCAUGAGCAGUGUGCUUAAAUGCACUAAAAUGUCAAGAAAAUGUAUGUAUGAACAUGUUUUGUCUUAUUUUCAGAAAUGUAUCUACUUUCAUGGGCUUUGAAUUUUUCUGGAUUUCUCAGUGUAAUAAAAAACUCAAAAAUUUA